AUGGUAUUAUUCCAUUUACAACGAUCAACUUCACAAAAUACAUUUAGCGAGGUAUCAUUGGUUGGUAUAACAGCGACGUUGUUCCAACGCGAUGAGAAACAAAAAUGGAUUCCUUUCGAUAAUGCAAUGUGUCGAUUAGAGAUUUUAAAGAGCGACAAGGAAUUGAGAUAUAGAAUGGUCGCCAUUUCAAAUGAUAAUAGAUGUAUUUAUAAUAAAUGGGUACGAACCAAUAGUAGUAUUGCAAAAUGUAGCGAUGUCUUUUUAGAGACAAAACAAACUUCAUCACAAACCAACAAGACAGAAUCCAUAGGAUUAAAUUGCGCAUACAAAGAUGAAGUUGGAAAAUUUAUGGAAGUUUUUAACGAAUGUAUAAAUAGUCUACAAAAUGCUAGAUCAUCUUUACCAUCUGGUGGUGGUGGUGGUGGUGGUCUACCUUCAUCUGCUUCUAUAUGUGAAGAUUUAUCAGGACUAACAAUAUCAAUAUCAUCAAAUUCUGUAAAUUCACCACCAACAUCAUCAUCACCAACAACAACAACAGCCGGUGCCGAAACGGCAGGAACGAUUCCAAAUUUCCUUGAUCUUCCACUUCCUCCUCCACCUCCAACCACCCAAACCGGUGGUUAUUCAGCCGAUCAAGGUGCAUGUCACAAUGCCAAUGUGAUUGCAGCCAUGUCACUUCCACCUCCACCAUCUGCCAAUCUAUUGACUAUUAGUGGUGGAUUUUUCAGUAUGCCAGCCACCCCACAACCAUCGCCUCCACUAUUCUCAUCACUUCCAUCGUCACUCACAAAAUCCAACUCUUUUAUUCAACCUUCUGAUCGAUCGUCAGGCAGCAGUGGCACCAAUACGCCACCAUCUCUUGAUAUUUUCAACCCAACCAAAACCAUUACAACCACCACCACCACUACCACCACGACGGUCACUCGUAUCGGAGCCGCCACCGAAUCAGUCAUGAAAACAGCAAGUGGAAGAAAAUCACUACGUGCUCGUUCAACUGGCAAAACUCUAUCGAAAAAGGAAGGAUUAGCAAUCUCUGCUCAAAAUGUCGAAGGUAUUCAAAAUAUUGGUGAAAAUAUCGAAGAAGAAUCUCUAAAUCUUUUAGAUUUAGUAAAUGAACAAGUUGUUAAUCCAACUCAAAGUGUACAAUUAAUUAAUCAAUCAAUAACAAAACUAUAUGAACAUUUACAAAUUUUAUUUAUUUUAUGUCAAGGAGAAUCGACCAAAGAUCAUCAUGGAUUGAAAUUGAUUAAACAGGCAACCGAUAGAAUUUCGCGUGGACCACCAACAUUGCCAGAGAUUCAAGGCAUGAUUGGAUACAACUGGUACAACAAUGAAGAGAUUAGUUCUACAGUCUCUGGAUUCACCAAUCUUUUGUAUGCAAAGAAAUAUCUAGUGCCAACGAUUGCCCAUCUCUCCACAUCGGUUCGUGUCUUGGGUUUGCAGGCAUCGCUCGAGGCAGAGUGGAUGUCGAGAAACCAAGCAGCCGAGCCUGAAAAGGUGGUGGUUCAAUUGGCUGCCAUUUCUCGUGAGCUUUUAAAUGCUAUUGCUCGACUUCAAACUGCCACACAGGCCUUUUGUUCAGUGUGCAACAACAUUAAAAUCAAUGCCGCCGAACAAAAUAUGCACCCAUCUCUACGUGGUCGUAGUCCAUCUACUGCCGAUUUCAUCAAUGUCUGGGAUGAACAAAAACAACUUAAAGAUCAAAUACCAAAUAUUUCAACUACAACUGGUUUAAAAGCUACUCUUAAUCAAUUGGUCAUUUUAUUAACUUCUGAUUCAAAUUAUGAUUCAAAAUUCUUAAAAACAUUUAUAACUACAUAUCAAUCAUUUGCGUCACCAAAUUUAUUAUUUACAAAGUUGGUUGAAAGAUAUACAGUUCCAGAAUGGUAUACUACCAACAAACAAAAGAUUACAACCAUUCAACAAAGAGUGAUUGUAGUUUUGAAAUAUUGGAUCGUCAAUCAAUCAUCGGAUUUUGAUCAAGAAUUGGUUGAUCAAAUCUAUUAUUUCAUUGAUAAUACUCUAAUCUCUGAUGGUUAUGCUGAAUUAAGUAAAGCACUUCGUGAAAUGUUAAGCAAAUUGUUGGAAGAUAGAGAUGUAAAAUUAGAAUUAUUAUUCCAAAUGCCACCAAGAAUACAAUUCCAAGAGGAUAGUAUUUUAUCACCAAUAGAAUUAUUUUUCGAAUGUAGUCCUCAAUCGAUUGCUCAACAAUUAUCAUUGAUUGAUUUUGAAAUAUUCAAAGAUAUCGAAGCUCGUGAACUUUUAAAUCAAAACUUUAACAAACCAAAAAUGAAAUAUAAAGCUCCAAAUGUUAUGAGAAUGAUUAAUAGAUCAACUCAAUUUUCAUUUUGGGUAGCAUCAUUAAUUGUAAUGGAAGGUAAAAAAGAAAAGAGAAUUAAGAUUUUUGAAAAGAUUUUGGAUAUUGCAAAAUAUUUAUUGAAAUAUAAUAAUUACAACACUUUGAUGAGUCUUGUAGCAGGUCUUGCUCUUACGCCAGUUCACAGAUUGAAAAAGACUAAAAAGAAACUAUCAUCUUCUGCCAUUUCAAUGAUGGCCGAAUGUGAAAGAAUAUUCUCGUCAAAGAAAUCAUUCAAAAAUUAUCGUGAAGUAAUUAGUACUGUUACUGCUCCUUGUAUUCCUUAUAUUGGUAUUAAUCUUACAGACCUUGUAUUUAUUGAAGAAGGUAAUCCUGAUUUGGUUCAACAAGAUGGAGCUAGUUCAUCAUCGCUUGGACCAGUUCUCAAUUUCAAAAAGAGAGAAUUGUUCUAUCAAGCUUGGAGCGAUAUUUCACGUUUCCAAGAACAAGGAUAUACUUUCCAAACUGAAGAACCACUCAACACAUUCUUACUUCAUCUUCCAGUAUUAGAUGAAAAGGAUUUAUAUGAUUUAUCAAUACUUGUUGAACCAAGAUAG